AUGGCCAAGGCCAGGUCGUCGGCGAAGCAGUCGCGCGCGCAGGCGCAGCAGUCAAACGGCGGCGGCGGCCACGCGCUGUCCUCCAAGCUCGCGAGGUACCUCGACCCGGAGGCCUCCUGGGACAAGGACCAACUGCUGGACGCGGUGCACUGGAUCCGCCAGGCGGUGGGGCUCAUCUGUGGCCUGCUCUGGGGAGCCAUCCCCCUCGUCGGCGCCGUCUGGAUCGCACUAUUUCUGACCAUCUCGACUGGCAUUAUCUAUUGGUACUACACAUACCUGUUGAAGAUUGACGAGGAGGAAUAUGGAGGCCAUGGGGCGCUACUUCAGGAGGGUCUUUUCGCUUCGUUCACCCUUUUCCUGCUUGUCACUUCCAAAAGUCUGCAGGUUAGCAGGCCGGCAGCAGGUGCAGCAACUAGCAACAGUGUAUAUCGUCCUCAACAACUCACACUGUAUGACCAAAGACUAUGUGAUCCCUCAUUCUUCUCCCAAUCAACCAAUGAAUCAAACAUGCAAUUCUCUGGUGUAGUCACCAUCCCUGGAAUGUACAAUGUCAGUAGCAACCUCGGACAGAACCACCUUCAGAUUGUUGCAGGGGUUAGUCCAGACUACCAAAGGGUCAGACCAAACAACACUCUUCACCACAUAAGCCAGAUCCUGAUAGAAGACAUCGAUGAGAGGGUCGGCUCGCAUGAAGGAGAGGCUGCUCUUCAGGCCGCUGAGAAGGCCUUCCACGUUAUUCUUGAGCAGCCUUUGGCAAGCACUGGGAGGGCCUCAAGAUUUGGUUUUCCUGCCUUGCAAAUUAGAAGAGAAGUCAAGGAUGCAAAGGGGUUCGAUAAGAUGGUGAUCCAUUUGGAUGGCGACAAGCUUUCCAUUUGCAGACUGACCACUGCUACAGCGAAAAAAGUACCCGACAAGAGCAAAUAUGCAAUCUUUCCAUAUAUCCAAGACUUGGAUACCAAGGAAGGGUGGAGUAAAAAUUAUACCAUCACUUGCAAAAUAAACCACAAUGAUAAGCUCGACAGUGUUCUGCUACGCUAUGGUCCGGACUGUUUCAAUGAAACAGCAAGGUUGAGAGACAUGGCUGCAAAGGAAGCAAGUAAGAAUUCACCAAAGGGUGAAAGCAAAGCAAUUGCUCAACAGAAGUCUCAGGGUACUAGGCAGCUCAAGAAAGAGGCUGUGGCAGCUGAUGACCGUCUGUUGGCCAGCGAGCUCAUCAAGAAGAUGAGACAACACUCCUCAAGAGAUGGAGAGUGUUGCCAGAGACUGGCAUUUUACUUCGUGAAUGGCCUUGAGGCACGCCUGGCUGGGACAGGGAGCCAGUUGUUCCACAAGAUGCUGGCGAAGCGGAUAAGCGAAGACGACGUGUUGAAGGUCUACAACUUUUAUCUUGCAGUUUGCCCUUUCAACAGGGCAUCAUACACCUUCGCUAACCAAACUAUUAUGGAAACGUCAGCGGGCCACUCCAGGGUGCACAUCGUCGAUUUUGGUGUCUGCACUGGUUUUCAAUGGCCAUCACUGAUUCAGCUUUUCGGUGAGCAAGGAGUGCCUCCAAGGCUUCGGAUUACAGGUAUAGAAGUGCCACGGCCAGGUUUCAGCCCCUUGGAGAAUAUUGAGCGGGCAGGGAAGCUGUUGGCUGACUAUGCAAACAUGUACAAGGUGCCCUUUCAGUAUCAGGGCAUUUACUCACGAUAUGAAGAUAUUCAGAUCGAAGAUCUCAACAUUGAGGAGGAUGAAGUGCUUAUAAUCAACUGCUUGUACCGAAUGAAGAACCUCGGCGAUGAGACAGUAGCCAUGGAUAGCGCAAGGGACAGGGUACUGAAGAUCAUGAGGAGGAUGAACCCAAAGGUGUUUAUUUUUGGCAUUCUGAAUGGAUCAUACAGUGACCCCUUCUUCGUAACACCGAGAAAGCUGUUAGAGGGUGGGAUGCUUGGGCGGGAGAUCUUAAACAUCAUAGCAUGUGAGGGUGCUGACAGUAUUGAGAGGCCAGAAACUUACCAGCAGUGGCAAGCAAGGUGCCUCAAGGCUGGGUUUGAGCAGCUUCCUGUCGAUCCUGCCAUCAUGAAGUCAGCAUUAUUGAUGAAGAAAAAUAUUUACCAUGAGGACUUUGUUGCUGAUGAAGACAACGGCUGGCUGCUACAAGGGUGGAAAGGGAGAGUGCUGUAUGCACUGUCCAAAUGGAAGAUUAAUGAAUCAUGUGCUGAUCAGUAA